GUCCAGAACAUGUCACAGUCUAUUGAAGUGCUGAACCUGCGCACUCAGCGGGACUUCCAAUACGUCAUGAAGAUGGAGAACCAGAUGAAGGGCCUCAGGACAAAGUUCAGACAGAUCGAGGAAGACCGCAAGACCAUCAUGGCCAGAAAUUUCAAGGAGCUGAAGGAUCGAAUGGAUGAGCUGCAGCCUUUAAUCCCUGUGCUGGAGCAAUACAAAACAGACACUAAGCUCAUCUCGCAAUUCAAAGAGGAGAUCAGGAACCUGUCGGCCGUUCUGACGGGGAUCCAGGAUGAGCUGGGGGCGUAUGAUUAUGACGAGCUCUACCACAGAGUGAUGAGCCUCGAGAGCCGUCUGCGCAGCUGCAUGAGCAAACUUACAUGCGGCAAAUUAAUGAAAAUCACAGGACCCGUGACCAUAAAAACGUCAGGCACACGGUUCGGUGCAUGGAUGACCGACCCAAUGGCAUCUCCAAGAAACAACAGAGUCUGGUACAUGGACACGUACACCAACAGCAAGGUGGUGCGAGAGUACAAAACCAUGGCUGAUUUUGUCUCGGGCCAAGAGUCUCGAACGUACUACCUUCCGUUUAAAUGGGCAGGGACCAAUCAUGUUGUGUAUAAUGGAUCGCUAUACUACAACAAGGAGCAAAGCAACAUUGUGGUCCGGUACAGCUUUGAGACAGGUCGUGUCCUGGCUCAGCGGGCACUCGAGUAUGCCGGGUUCCACAACGUCUACCCGUACACCUGGGGAGGCUUUUCAGACAUUGAUCUAAUGGCUGAUGAGAUGGGGCUGUGGGCUGUCUAUGCUACUAACCAGAAUGCAGGAAAUGUUGUGAUUUCCCACAUAGAGCCUGAGACGUUGGAGCCUCUAAGCACUUGGAACACGGAGUACUCGAAACGCAAUGCUGGUGAGUCAUUCAUGAUCUGUGGAACACUCUAUGUUACCAACUCACACCUUACUGGGGCAAAGGUCUACUAUUCCUACGACACAAAGACAUCCACCUACGAGUAUGUGGACAUCCCCUUUCACAACCCAUACUUCCACAUCUCCAUGCUCGACUACAAUGCUCAAGAGAGAGCACUCUAUGCCUGGAACAAUGGCCACCAGGUUAUUUUCAAUGUCACGCUCUACCAUGUCAUCAAAACCGAAGACGACUCAUAAAGACAGAGAAUCUCUGUGGCUGUGCCAGUUUUGUCCUGUUUGCCUGGAACAGUGGUCAUCUUCAGUGUCAUGUUCUACAGUGUUUGUUCAUAAAAAAACAAUGGUAAAGAGAGGGUGGAGGUGCUCCAGGGCUCGAUUGCCUGGAACAGGAUCCACAAGGUCAUCUUCAACAUUAUACACGUUUGCCUGGAACAGCAGGUACCAUGUCACAACCAAGCAGAUCAAAAAUGAGCAUGAUUCUUGAAGAACGAAGCGGAUAUGCGGACACCAUUUUCUCACUCUUCCACAUCAUCAAAACCGAGGACAGGCUCUCUAUUCUGUCACAGCUGCUCCAGAGACCAUUCAGAAAGAUAGGGUGUGAGGCAGGAACACAUGCUGGGUGGACUACAAGUCCAUGUGCACAGGCAUUCAUACCUAGGGGCAAAUUUAGCAGAGCCAAGCCACCCUCUGACAUGAUUUGGGAGGUGUGAGGAACCCAGAGAAUCUGAAGGAAACAGAGAGAACAUGCGAAAAUCCAAAUAAGGACAACGCAAAGUUUUUUUUAACAGCUAAAAGGAGUAUCUUGUGUACACUAACAACAAGGAAGGCCAAGUCAUCUUCACAUUUAC